GCUUCCGGCGCCGCUCCGGCUUCCGGCUGGGAUCGGAACCUGGAGCCCGGAAUUCGAUCCGGGCGCGAGAAAAAAUUCCCCCCACACAAGCAGAUUUCAGAAAUGGCAGAAGAUGGCAGUGAAGAGACUAUGUUCAUAUGGUGUGAAGAUUGUAAUCAGUAUCACGAUUCAGAAUGCCCAGAGCUGGGCCCAGUGGUGACAGUCAAAGACUCCUUUGUAUUAAGUAGGGCAAGAUCAUCUCUUCCCUCCAACUUGGAGAUCAGGCAACUUGAGGAUGGAACUGAAGGUGUUUUUGCGAUAACUCAACUGGUCAAGCGCACCCAGUUUGGCCCCUUUGAAUCCAAGAGAGUUGCCAAACUGGAAAAGCAGUCACCAUUUCUACUGAAGGUUUUUCAAAAGGAUAGCCCUCCAGUAUUUUUUGACACCUCUAAUGAAGAUGAUUGUAACUGGAUGAUGAUGGUAAGGCCAGCCAAUCAAUAUGAUCACCAGAACCUGACGGCUUUCCAGCAUGAAAAUGACAUUUACUUCACUACUUCCCGCGACAUCCCUCCAGGAACUGAGUUACGAGUAUGGUAUGCAGCUUUCUAUGCCAAAAAAAUGGAAAAGCCAGUUCUGAAGCAAGUUACUAGCAUUUCCACUGACGUGUGUUUAGUUGUGAUGGAAUGCGACCAAGAAGAGAACAACACUGCUUCAAAACCUGGUACCUUUUCUCUCAAGAAAAUCAAGACUUCUCAGCCUUCUAAAGCAGAUCAUUCAGAUGUGUGUUUAGUUGUGAUGGAAAGUGAUCAAGAGGGAAAUAAAUCUAGCAGUGCUUUUUCACUCAAGAAAAGCAAGAAUUCCCGAUCUGCAAAAGCUACUCCUUCAGAACAUCUGCUGAGUCACCUGGAGCAAGCCAAAGGAACUCCAACUACUGAACAACAUGAUGCUCUUCCAGAGAAGGCUGUGGAGGCUCCCCCUGCUGACGAACCCGUAAUCUGUGAAAAUGCCAAUGCCUCUGCCGAUGUGAAAAAAAAGUCGCGAAGGGGCAGAAAGCCAAAAGUGAACAAAGCUGAAAUGCCUCUUGUGAUUGUGGAUGACAAAGAUUCUUCUGUGGAGCAGGUAGCUGAAAUCAUAACAGAGAUCCCACCUGAUGAUGCAGCCCUGCCUUCUCCUGCAGAAGAAAGAAUUAUGGAGCUGGUGUUGGGGAAGCUGCCCAGUGCUACGAACACUGUGAAUUCUAUCACAAAGUUUUCUCAUCAUCAGAGCUCUAUGUCCCUUAAGAGAAGCUUGAUCCUCUCUAGCAGACAUGGGAUACGGCGGAAACUAAUAAAACAACUCGGGGAACACAAGCGGGUGUAUCAGUGUAACAUCUGCAGUAAAAUGUUCCAGAACAGCAGCAACCUCAGCAGACACAUCCGUUCUCAUGGUGACAAAUUGUUCAAAUGUGAGGAAUGUGCCAAGCUAUUUAGUCGCAAAGAGAGUUUGAAGCAGCAUGUUUCGUACAAACACAGCAGGAAUGAGGUUGAUAAUGAAUACAGGUACAGGUGUCCUACAUGUGAAAAGGCUUUUCGGAUAGAGAGUGCUUUAGAAUUUCACAAUUGUCGGACAGAUGACAAGACGUUUCAAUGUGAGAUGUGUUUUAGAUUUUUUUCUACAAACAGCAACCUCUCAAAACAUAAAAAGAAACAUGGAGAAAAGAAAUUUGCCUGUGAGAUCUGUAAUAAGUUGUUUUAUCGGAAAGAUGUCAUGUUGGAUCACCAGAGGCGACAUUUAGAAGGAGUGAGACGUGUAAAAAGAGAGGACUUUGAGCACAGUGCAGAGAACAUGGUCAGAUACAAAAAAGAGCCUUCUGGAUGUCCUGUAUGUGGAAAGAUAUUUUCAUGCAGAAGCAAUAUGAACAAGCACCUCCUGACACAUGGAGACAAGAAAUACACCUGUGAGAUUUGUGGUCGUAAAUUCUUCAGAGUGGAUGUUCUGAGAGAUCAUAUUCAUGUUCAUUUUAAGGACAUAGCUAUCAUGGAUGAUCACCAGAGGGAAGAGUUUAUUGGCAAAAUUGGAAUUUCUUCAGAGGAAAACGAUGAAAAUUCUGAUGGAAGUGUGGAUUCUGAGCCUCACAAGUAUAGCUGCAAAAGGUGCCAGUUGACAUUUGGCCGAGGAAAAGAAUAUCUGAAACACAUCAUGGAAGUUCACAAGGAGAAAGGCUAUGGCUGUAGCAUCUGCAACCGGCGCUUUGCUUUGAAGGCAACCUACCAUGCACACAUGGUCAUUCACCGGGAGAACCUGCCUGACCCCAAUGUGCAGAAAUAUAUCCAUCCAUGUGAAAUCUGUGGAAGGAUUUUUAACAGCAUAGGAAAUUUAGAACGGCAUAAACUUAUACAUACAGGUGUGAAAAGCCAUGCCUGUGAACAGUGUGGUAAGUCAUUUGCAAGGAAGGACAUGUUAAAAGAACACAUGAGAGUCCAUGACAAUAUCCGAGAAUAUCUAUGUGCAGAAUGUGGUAAAGGCAUGAAAACAAAGCAUGCACUGCGCCACCACAUGAAGCUUCAUAAAGGGAUAAAGGAGUAUGAAUGUAUGGAGUGCCAUCGGAAAUUUGCACAGAAGGUCAACAUGCUUAAGCAUUACAAAAGGCAUACAGCAGGGAUCAAAGACUUCAUGUGUGAACUCUGUGGGAAGACCUUUAGCGAGAGGAACACAAUGGAGACCCAUAAACUAAUUCAUACAGUGGGAAAGCAGUGGACGUGCUCAGUGUGUGAUAAAAAAUAUGUCACAGAUUACAUGCUUCAGAAACACAUCCAGUUGACUCAUGAUAAGGUGGAAGCCCAAAGUUGUCAGCUCUGUGGGACCAAAGUUUCAACCAGAGCUUCAAUGAGUCGUCAUAUGAGACGAAAACAUCCAGAGGUGCUUUCAGUGAGGAUUGAUGACUUGGAGGAGCUGUCAGAGACUACUACAGUAGAUGCUUCAUCUAUAGGCAUUGUGCAGACAGAUCUAGCCUUGGAACAGGGCGAGUUGUCAGAAGUCAAGCACAUGAAGGCUCAUAAACGAGGCCAUAAACGGAAACAUAAGCCUGGCGAAGAAGAGGAAACCCAAGUGCCUGAGGAUUCUGCUUUCAGUGAAUAUACAGAAAAAGAAGUGGAGUUUACAGGAAGUGUGGGGGAUGAGACCAAUUCAGCUGUGCAAAGCAUUCAGCAGGUGGUGGUGACCCUUGGAGACCCAAAUGUCACAGCCCCUUCCAGCUCAGUUGGCUUGACCAACAUUAGUGUUACUCCAAUCACUACAGCUGCUGGGACCCAGUUUACAAACCUACAACCUGUGGCUGUAGGUCAUCUUGCCACUCCUGAACGCCAGUUGCAACUAGACAAUUCCAUUCUCACAGUGACUUUUGACACAGUCACUGGUUCUGCUAUGUUACAUGGUAACCGCCAAAAUGAUAUCCAGAUACAGUCGCAGUCUGAAGCCACAAACCCUCAGUCAGUAGCCCAUUUUAUAAACCUGACAACUCUGGUGAACUCCAUUGCUCCAUUAGGGAGCCAGAUAUCAGAACAGCAGCCCUUAACCUGGAGGGCAGUGCCACAGACUGAUGUCCUGCAGACUCAGGCCCAGCCAAGUCAACAGCAGGCUGGGCAACCACAGGUUCAAAGUGAACAGCAGCAGCAACAGAUGUACAGCUAUUAACUUGUACUUGAUAGAAGACACCAAACUGUGGAGGAGCUUGUAGAAGCCUACGGGACAUGUAAACAGAAUCAAUUGCUGGAAAACCAGGGUUAAAGGAAAAAGCUAACAUGGUGCAACAUUCUGAUAUUGGCCCAGCAGUUUGAAAUACAGAGGAGCUCUUGUGAAACUUGUACUCUAUAGAAGCCUAAUCAAACAAAGUAUGGGCAGCAACUGUUCAUAACAAUUACUCAGUGUCAAGAAAAAAUGUGCUAUGUUUGACAAGGAAGUAACACUCCUAUAGAAUGUUUUAGUCGGGCACCGAGACAAAAGAGCAUAAGUAAGCAAAAAAAGAAAGUUUGCUUUUUAUUUCUUAGAUCAGUCCUGUAUCUAACUGAACAUAAGUGGGUGGCAGUAGGGUGGGGAUAGUCUGUGAUGUGAAAUGUACCUCGUUCCAUGAGUUGUUUCCAUUAUAGUGAGGGGGAAUCCACUCUACCAGUAAGAUGACUUGGGUUAUCACCUGAAAUAGCCGGUUUGGUAUUAGAGCAAUGGAAUGGUUUUCUACCUAGUGAAAUUAAAAUUUGAAUCAAACUUCUUGUGAACCAAACCCCUAAUGGUAUAAUGCAGUUCUUGCAAAACUGCUUAUUGAUUCCAUAUUAUGUUUAGCAAAUAGUUCUGGAGAGCAGUCCUUCCCACUCUGAAGCAAGUUUUGCCAGCUGGCUGUUAAUUCACCAAGGAGUCUUCUUCUAUCAUGUCAUAAAUAUUGGGGGGCAGAGGGAGGGCACAAAAAGUCAUUUUUUCAUAAUACCCUUCAUACUUCACUCUUGGUGGGAUAUUUGCAAAUUAAGAGACUUUUGAAAAUAAUUACAUGCAUCCUUUGUUCUCUUUGUAAUAACGGAUAUGUGGAGUCUGUUCAGAACGUGGGAAAUCUGAAGCACCCAACAACACACUGCCUAAGUGAAUCUGGAGGAAAGGCAAAGUAUAACUCCAAUAAACAAAUAGGUGCUAGCAAAAUGAUAAUAUCUAUUCUAGGUUAUGUUGCCCACAAGGAGGCAGCAAAAGACUUGAGCACAAAAAUCAGGGAGCUGUGGAACUGUUGUGUCUGAAUGGAAAGGGCCUUUUGUUUCUUCACCCUUUUACAUAGUAUCUGCCAUAUCUUGUGUUGAAUCCCAUUUCAGUCUAUACUAUGAAAUGCCUCUGGUUGUACCCCUGUCAGAAAAUAAAUGAAAGUAGUCCAGCAGUUGACAAAGAAAAAAGAA